AUGACGCAGCCACAGGAGGUCAUUGACUUAAGCUCGAAGUUUAUAGCCGGAGUCGACGUCGAAUUCGACUACUCGAAACAGGAUUCGGCAGACCACACCGCGCAGAGCCCGAACAAAAAGUCCAAAAAGACCAAGAGACGAAUCAAAUUGAAGUCUUCAGGCGAUAUGGAUCAACUGGAUCAGUAUCCGCAAUCCCGGGUGAUAAAACAGGGCAAGGAUGGGGAUCUGGAGGUAUCACCGCUGAACGAAUCUGAAGAAUACGUGUAUCACGAUGAGGAUGGAGAUCUAGAUGAUCGUGAAGACGAUGCUGAUGAUCACCAUCAUCACAUGUGCUCUCAUGAUGAGGAGGAACACGAUCAUGACCACCAUCACCACCAUCACUACCAGCAUCAACAUCAGCAUCAACAUCAGCAGCACCAGCACCAGCACCAGCAUCACCACCAUGACCAUGACCAUGACCAUGCCCACGAUUGUCAGCAUGGCUCCAGCUCUAAACAGCAUCACCAGCAUACGAAUACCACGAAAAGACUGCCGAAUAACAAGCGCGGUGGGAAGCACUCAGUUUCCAUAGAUAGCGAGAUAUCCGAAAAAUGGGUUCCCAGUUCGCCGGAGGAACAACAAGAGCUACAAAAGUUCUGGCAUAGCAUUUCCAUGGCAGAUAAGCAGAAGCUUCUUGCUGUGGAUAAAUGUGAGGUCUUUGCGAUAAUGGAAAGGGAACGAAAAACCCCGUGCAGCUGCAAGAGCUGUGCCAGGGAGAACUACAUUGUGAAUAGGAUUGUUCAUGAAAUCUUUUUGGAUUACGAUUCCACUUUCGGAAACGUCAUAAUCGCUAAGUUUCUGGAAGACAAAGAGCUCAUGGCCACCUUGCUCAAAGAGCAAAAGGCUAAGCGCGAGUUGCAACAGCAGGAAUACCUCAAGCUGGAGAAGCAGUUAAAACUGGAGCAGCUCAAGAAGCUGGAACAGGAUAAGGCCUCUUCUCCGCCAUCGCAGCUGCAAUUGCCUGCUCCGUUGGAUGGUGCUACUACAAAUCCGAAUUUCUUGUCUGUGUUGGAGGAAGCUAUGACCACCAGUGACGAAUCCAAGGCUGAAGAAGCCGUCUCCACGCCUAUCUCUGAUACAGAUAUGGAAAACCUAUGUGGCGUUCCGGAGACAGAGAUUUUAUCUGUGGCCCAGGAUCUGCUGAAGACCGACGGAAAGUACUUUCUGGAGAUAAUGGAACGGUUGGAGACUAACCCAGCCUUGAAAGCCAUAGACAUCUCCCGGCAGAUCAGCCAUGUUCUGGGAAUCCUGAACAAAGGUGUAUUUGGCCAACCCAAUCCUGAUCUUACAGCUAUUGAGUCGGUAUUAUCAGAAUUCCGUCACUGGGAGUCUCAAAAAUCACAAUCCCAGGCUCAAAUAGAGGGUACUUCUGCAUAUAACCGCGAUCCAGCUUCCCUUGAUUUUGCUGAUGAGGUAUACGUCGACGAAGAUGAUGCUGAUCACCCUGAUGUGGAUAUUGAUGAGGGUGAAGAGGAAUACGAAUUUGAUGACGGAGAUGAUGUUGAAGAAAUUGGAGAGGUGGAAGAUGAAGAGCAGGAAGAAGAGGAUGACGACGAAAAUGACGACGAAGAAGAUUAUGAAGGAGAGUACGAAGACGAUGAAGAGGAUAGGUACGAUGAGAUUGAUGAAGAGAAGUUGAGCGCAGAGGCCACCCGCGACACCUAUUCCAGAAUCCAGUCGAUCUCAUUCAAGAUUGUGCACAGUCGUUUGGUAUCGGCGUAUAAAGAGAAGGCUGCUGAAGACAGCACCAGGCAGUUGAUCGAAGAGCUGGAAGCCGAAGAAAGAAGGAAGAAGGAGAAGGAGGAGAAGAAACAAAGGCAAAAGGAAAAACUCAAGGAAAAGAAGAGACAGCAACAACUGUUGAAGGAAGAGGAAAAGAGGAAGAAAGAGGAAGCCAAGGCUGAGCAGGAGAGGCUACUGAAGGAAGAGCAGCAGCGCAAGAUGGAGGAGGGUCGCAAGAAAAAGGAAGAGCAGAGGAAGAAAAAGGAUGAGGAAAAGAAGAAGAAGUUGGAAGCCUUGAAGCGUAAGGAACAAGAAGCUGAACGCCAAAGGAAAGAGAAAGAAGAGAAAGAGAGACAGCGGAUUGAAGAAAAACGCUUGCGUGAAGAAGGACUCAAGCUUCAAAAAGAAGAGCAAGAACGAAUUGCUGAAGAAAAGCUUGAGCAAGAACGUUUGGCUCAGGAAGCUGCAGUUGCCGCCAAAGCCGAAGUCAAAUCUAGUCCGCCUGUUCAAGCUACCAAUUCUCAAAGCGCAGUUCAUGCUCUGAACUCUCAAGCAACAGCUUCGCCCAUGUUGGAUGCCAGAUCUCUUGCCCCAAACACUCUUCCGCCUCCUGGACUGAUGAGACCACCGACCGCUAGUUCGGGCUCCUUGCCUCAGGAUAUCUCAGAUAUCCUGAAACAGGCUAUGGAAAUGCAGCAGGCUCAACAGCAGCCUCAUUUGAUGUCGCAGCUCCCUCAAGUGCCUCAAUCUCAACCUCAAGUUCCAGUUCAAGGAUCAACCAAUUCUUCCGGUAUUUCCCCCUGGGACUCACGAGCAAGCUUCUCGUUGGCUGAUCCUAAUGGAAGUGACUUGAUGCAUCACCAGCAGAUGCCUGUUCCACCCAGCAAUCCCAACGGACUUCUUGGAUAUAGACCAUCGGCAUAUGGAAAUGCACCUCAAAAGUCAUUCUCACCUUUUUCUUCUGCGGUUCCUUUAGUUGACUCCAGACAUGCUUCGGAUCUCGAUGUUGCGGGCUUGGAUCAAUACAUGAGUUCUAUGGGUUUAGGUGACCAUCAGGAUGUUACGGCUAGUACAGGAACCACCGGUGGUUCUGGGUCUACACCCACAAUGGCUGGAGGUGCAAACCUAUGGCAAAAUGGUACGACAGCCGGGAAUGCUUCUCUUCUGCUCAGCAACAACGUUAACAAAGGGGCGUCCAUCUGGGGCCAGAGUCCAAGAUUUUCGUCUUACAAUCACAACAGCAGCGGUACCGUCGGCAACAACGUCAGCAGUGUCAACAGUGUCAGCAGUGUGAAUGGCUUGGGCGUGACUGGGGCUGCUAAUGGCGUGAACGGUGCUCUCGGUUCGUUGUGGUCUACAACCUCACAAACCGCCAAUCUGACUUCCACUGCUAAUGGAUAUCACCAGCAGAUCUCGUACGGAGAUGCUGAGCUCAUUCAGAUAGCCGCUUUCAAAUCGUCAUCUAUAAAUCUGGUCAACGAGCCCGGUGCAAUCACUCCAACCUCAGCGCUGUUGGUGUACACAAAGUCCCUUCUCCCUUCGAUGCCAGGGUUGUCGCUGGAACAGUUCACGAAGUGUUUGAGUGCGAAUCUAAGUGCAAAACUCGGAUUCUCGUUUGAAUUCUUCUAUGAUGACAUGGGCCAACCAAGCCAUGUGAGGAUCAACGUCUCGAAAUCUUCGCAACAACAGCCGAUUCUCCAAAUACCUCAACAGGCUCAAUCACAGGUGCCACAUGACUCUUAUAACCAAGGUCUUGUCAACUCUCAAUUUGUUGAGAACUCAGAGCCACACACCUAUUUCUCGCCAUUCGGUAGUUCUACGGGAUUGUCGACUCUGAACGGAAUGGGGAGUGUUUGGGGCAACAGGUCAUGA